AUGGUGGGUAACCAAGCAGGGUCCAGCGAGGGCCCUGUGUGGUACCUGCAGCAGGAUGUCGAAGUCGCCCUGCUCUGGAACCAGCUGAAUGCUGUGCACUACCAGCUGGCGCAGAGCAAUCAGCAGCUUUGUCUGCAACAGAACCUGAUCCUCGGUCUGCAAGAGCAGCUAUUUCACAGCUGCUUGCGGCACGAUGCGGACCAGAACCUGAUCUCCAAGCUUGUGGGAAAUCUCUGCGAGCUUGAGUCUAGGCAAUGCAAUGCGGAGGCGGAGGAAUCUCCGACGGAGAAGCAGCCGCCCAAGAAAAGGCCAAGUCUUGGUGGCAGCACCAAAGCUCCCGACGACAGCGAUCGAGAGAUCGAGGAGGAAGAGUGCACUUGUGAUGAGUCUCCCACGUCGGAGGAGCCCGUGGCUACGUUGAUCUUUGCCAGCGAGUCUGAGUCCACAGGAUCGCGGAGUUCCUCGCACGAAUUUUCGCGAGAAGACCGGUUCGAUGCAGCUUGCCAGACGGACGGCGAGGACUGUACGGUUUCAGGUUCAUCGCGGGAGACUUCGGCGACGAGGUGUUCCCACCACUGCGGGGGAGCGCUCACAGGCAGCCAUGUCGGCGGCGGUGAAUGCACCCCCUCCGACCUCCAUGUGGCAAACCUGUUGCCGUACCUGAGUGUGCAGGAAUUGCUGAACUGGCGCUUGCUAUCGCGACGUACAAGAAGUCCCGAGGUGUUGAUACAGCACAUGGCCGAGAUGGGCAGCAUGGACAGGCUCGGAAGGGCCCUGGCACAUUUGUCCUGUCUGUCAGGGGCCAUCCUUGUGGCGGUAGCCCGCCCUGCAGUGCUUUAA